AUGGCUCUGAGCAAUCGCCGUGGUGAAGCAGUCAUCAACUUGUUUGACUUGCAACUGGCUCCUGAUGGCGACCUGGAUCCACGACCUGUUGGCUAUGAGGAUUUCUGCAAACAGGAAUCUGCCUUCAUCACUGUGGAUGACGACAUCACGGUUCAGUCCGACGAAGAGGAGCUCUUUGAUGAUGAUGAUGGUGCUCCUGGACCUCCUCGACAACGGCCGAGAUUGGACUUAUCUCCACACUUGGACUUUGUGGAGCGGCCUGAACUUGAUGUGUCUCCAACUCCAACAACGCCUUUGGAUGACACUGAUCCAGCCAUGGACUUGGAGGCCUGGACUUACCUCCGGCUGGAACGAUGCCUGAUGCUGCAGAACCUAGUGGGCCACCGAUCUUGGUGGAAGAUGACUCCGAUGAGCCAUCACGACCACCUUCAGUGCGAUCUGCGGCACAAGUGCCUCCUUUGGACCCUGCCACUGUGGCGAUGUAUGAGCCAGCUGGCCCAAAUGAUCGAUUUCGACUUCUACGACAACAACAUGAACGACAUGAAACCUUGGUGUUGCCCUCCAGAUCAAGAGCUCAUCGCUCUCGCUCUCGACAUCGAGCUGAUCCAGGUGAAGCUGAGCCGACUUCCUCUACUCCGAAUCCGAGGCCUGCUUCUGCUGGUGAACCUCAUGAGAGAUAGCAUGCGACAGCAGCUCGCAGACAAGCUGCGUCAUGGUCGCAUCAAAUUCUUGUACGACCCCAACUAUGUGGCCGCAAAGAAGAAAUCCCUGGAGGAGAAGAAACAUGAAUUGGAAUCCCGAAACACCAAGAGGAAGAAACCGCAGUCUGAGCUGCGAAUCAUCAAGGAGGAGCUGGAAGCUUCCGAAGAUGUAGAAAUGAUUGAGAAUGACCUGGCGCCAACGAAUGCCCUGGUCUCUGACUUUGAACAGGUUCCAACGAAUGACCUGACCCCAAAGAAUGCCCAACUUUCAAAGAAUGACAUGGUUUCACAGUAUGCCAAGGUCCCUGCCGAGACCUACUUUGCACAGUCCACUGAGCCCCUGGUCUAUGUGGACAUGGUACAGAAUGCCCUGACGCCUCUGGCGAUGGAUGCCCCUGUUGCGAGAUGCUGGUGGAAGAAUUUCUUCAAGCUGGUGAUGGUGAUAUGGUGGUUGAUGAAGCUGCCUGGUGCCUCUGCCGCCCCAAUGGCGAUGUGCCUUACUGAGCACGAGGAGGUGAAGACGGAAAGCUCAAAGAGCUGGGAGUCCAUCUUCUUGGUGCUGGCCAUUUUGGCCCUAUGCUGCGCUGGCAUCUAUGUCUGGAAACUACGAGCUGACCAGCUGCGACUCCAACGUCAAAUCGACAACCUGGAGGGCGAUCUGCAUCAUGGAAACCACCGAUCCAAUGUUCUGGUGGUGAUGUAUGAUGAGUUGCGUGGUUCCUAUGACCGCCGGACCACUGCCUAUGAUCGAGCCCGAAGAGCUUUUGUGGAACAGCGUGCUGCAGCCCAAGAACUUCAAGGAGCUCUGGCGCUGGCGACGCAAGACUUGGGUGCUGGAUACCAAGCUCAAAUGGAUGUGCGACAGCAUGUUCGUCGAUGCCCGCUUGGUGAUGAGAUCCACAUCCAGGAUGGAAGCUCAGUCUGGCAUCGCGAUGAUGAAUGCGAUGAGCUGUACGAUAGUGGCCGAGAGAUUAGGAUUUUCCAACCGUGCGCUGUCUGCUCACGGCAGGAUUUAGUGGUUCCAGGCGAUGACGCCAUGCAGUUCUUUGAUGAACAUGGGGUGCGUGUGGUGAAUGCGCCACCGGGUAUGCAGUUCACCUGGCGGGCGCUGAGACCUCAACUGGCUAUGCAGGUGGCUGGCUACUACCGCAUGGCGAAGCUGGGAUAG